AUGGAUGAUGAUGAGUUGCAAUCUAAUGCUCAAUCUGUAAAUAUUGAGAGUGAUGAUGAGUUUGAUAUGAACUCUGAAGAAGACAACAACUCUGAUUCAUUGAAUAUUGGCGAAUUCACACUGAAACAUAAAAAUGGUAAUGGUGACUCUAAAGAGAUCACUGUUUUUGAUUACUUCGUAAAGGAACAUGGCACAGAGCUGCAAUACUCUGGUGAUCUUCCUUGUAUCAAUGUGGGAAAACCAAAGUGGCCAACAUAUUUUCUAGUUGAGCUUAAAGCUGGCAAUGGAGAAGACAUUUUUACAUGCAAUGGUAGAUGGAACUUCAACAAUAAGAGGCUCAUUAGAGCUAGCAGUGUUGAGAAAUGGGCAGUGAUGGUUGAAGCACCUUUUGAUGUAAUUGAUGAGAAUCCUUCAAUGAGACGAUCACCUACUGUAACAAGGGUCGAAGACAUGUUUGAACAAGUCAAAAUCAAGCUUCCUAGAGCACCCAAGUUUCUUCUUGCGUGGCACCAACUAGAGUCAACGAUCAGUAUCUUUACAAAUGUCCUACUAAAGAUAAAUGCAAAGCUGAGUGGCAUGAAUUCGUUGCUCCAAAUUGAAACAUCCCUAGCAAUUCCUCAAGUGUCCAAGGUCCCAACUAUAAUCUUAGGAAUGGACAUGUCGCAUGGUUCUCCUAGACAUUCUGAUGUACCGUCCAUUGCUAGUGGGUUGCCUAUUAGUAAGUGA